AUGGGAACUCAAAAUUCAAAAACAUCUAAUAGCUCCUCACCCAGCACUGAAGAUGGAGAUGAUGAGAAAAAUUUGGAAAUAUUUUCCCUAGUGUGGUUAGAUAAAGAUGUUAACAGAACCGACGAUAAUUUACAAAUACAAGAACAGUUAAGAGAAACAGCAAUUAAUUAUCUUAGAACGUUUGAUAAUAUUGGCACAUGUGAGCAAUGGAUUAGACGACGACAGUUGCAGGACGAUAAAAUAAUUCUCAUUGUCUCUGGUAGUUAUGGCAAGGAAAUUGUACCGUGUAUUUAUAAUUUACCAAAAUUAAUUGCUAUCUACAUUUAUUGUCACGAUAAAUUGACACAUGAACAAUGGUCACAAAAUUAUAAAGAUAAAGUUUGUGGUGUCAUAACAGAUUCUGAUGAAUUAGUUGAUAGAAUUACAAAAGAUCAAACAUAUUUUGAAAAAUUAGAAGAGACAACUUCCAUGUUCAUAACCACCAUUAGUAAUCCUUCAUCUUCCAACGAAAAAUCCUCAUCUAAAUUAAACGGUAAUUUCUUGUGGUCUCAACUGCUCAUCGAAGUGCUACUGCAUAUGAAACAUACAACCAAUAAUCGUCGAGAAUUAAUUAAGCUAUGUCAACAAAUGUAUGUCGGAAAUGCAGGUGAACUUCAGACAUUGAAGGAAUUUGAACGAACAUAUUCACCAGAAAAAGCAAUUUGGUGGUAUACUAAGCAGAGUUUUGUUUACCGCAUGUUAAAUAAAGCCUUGAGGACACAAGAUAUUGACGUACUGGUAGCAUUUCGGUUUUUCAUCACCGACUUGUACAAUCAAUUACAAGAACUACAUCAAAAACAAAAUCGCGACACUAUUCGUCGAGUCUAUCGUGGUCAGUUGAUGUCAAAAUAUGAAUUAGAUCAAAUGAAAUCGAUAAACGGCCAAUACCUGUCGUUAAACAGUUUUCUUUCAACCACACUCAAUCGAGAAGUAGCAGUUGAAUUUAUUACAACUGCACCUGUGACAGAUGAUUUAAUUGGAGUUCUGUUUGAAAUUGAUAUCGAUCCAAAAAUUAAAAAUAUUAAACCGUAUGCAAAUAUUUCUUUUAACAGUUUUUUCCAAACAGAAGCCGAAGUUCUAUUUAUGUUAGGUUCAAUUUUCAAAAAUCGGAGUAUAACUCAGAAAGGUGGUAUUACGAUCAUAAAACUUCAGCUGGCAAGUGAAAAUAAUUCAGAAUUGAAGCAAUUAUCGGACUAUAUGAAAAGUAAUUUGGAAAAAGAACGAAAUCUUUAUUCAUUAGGUCAUGUGUUGAUAGGCAUGGGUGAAUACGCCAAAGGUUCGAAAUGUUUUAAACGACAAUUAAGUGGAAUAGAAAAUAAAAAUUCUGGUGAAGCUGGCCUCUGUUAUACAGGUAACAGUCUGGGAGAAAAUAUUGACGCUUUAACAGAGAAUCAAAUGUUUUCACAAUCUUAUCUUCUAGGACUUGGAAUUGUUGCUGAUCAUGCAAAUAACUUCGAGC